GUCAUAACAAAUUUUAUUAUAGAAGCAAAAAGGAAACGUGAUCAUGGUGAUAGGUUAACUUUCAGGGAAUAUGAACAAAAGUAGGCGCAACUUUCAAAAGUAGCAAUAUGUAAAAAUAUCUUAAAAAUUACUAAGCACUGGCGCCUUUAUUGUGUAAUAUGUUAGUUUUUUGAUUCCUCUGAAAUCGUUAACAUUGUGGUGUUAAAGAUGAGGUCAACUUUUAAUCGUGGUGUCUAUUACUUAUUUAAAAAAAAUUUGCUUAUUACAAACAGUGUUUCAUCUGGUGGUUUUAUGCUUAUUGGUGAUUUAAUUUUGCAAGAAAUUGAAUUUCAGUCAAAAAUUUUACCAAAAAGAUAUGACUGGUCCCGAGCAGGCAGAAUGCUCCUUGUAGGAACAUUAAUGGGCCCCAUGCAUCAUUAUUAUUAUAUUUAUUUAGAUAAAUUUCUACCUAAAGCAAAUUUAAAAACAGUUGCUCAAAAGAUUAUGACUGAUCAAUUGAUUGCAUCUCCAUUAACAAUUUUAUGUUUUUUCUAUGGAAUGGGCUACCUGGAAAAGAAAACUUUCGAACAAAGCACCUUAGAAAUUAAAGAAAAAUUCAGAUAUGUUUACGGGGGAGAUUGUCUAUUCUGGCCGCCAGUGCAAUUUAUUAAUUUUUAUUUCUUGCCUACACACUACAGGGUAUUUUAUAUCAAUGUUGCAACAAUGAUAUAUAAUGUAUUUUUGUCAUUUAUGAAACAUUUUGACCAUUAUAAGUAAUUUAUUGCAAGUGAUAGUUAAUAUUUUUGUAAAUAAUAAAGAGUAAAAUAAUAUUUAUUAUAAUUCAAUAAGCGGUUUUUUUUCCAC